GAGAAGUCCAUAGAUGCGGAACCUCCCUCUAAAUUCUGCGACGACGACGGCCGUCUUAAACGAACUGGAACAGUAUGGACGGUGAGUUCGCACAUAAUAACGGCGGUGAUAGGAUCUGGUGUGUUAUCCUUAGCGUGGGCCGUAGCUCAGCUUGGUUGGAUCGCCGGUCCUUCCGUAAUGUUACUGUUCGCCGUCGUCAUUCUCUAUACUUCUUCCUUGCUGUGUGAUUGUUACCGUCUCGACGACGCCGUCUCUGGCAAGAGGAACUACACCUACAUGGACGCUGUUGCUUCCAUUCUAGGUGGAGUUAAUGUGAAAUUGUGUGGGAUAUUCCAGCAUGUGAGUCUUGUGGGAGUCGCAAUAGGAUACACAAUCGCGGCUUCAAUCAGCGUAAUGGCAAUCAAAAGGUCCAAUUGUUUGCACGAAAAAGGGGGAGGAAAAGAAUGCAACAUGUCAAGCAAUCCAUAUAUGGUAGGUUUUGGGGUAAUUCAGGUAUUUCUGUCUCAAAUACCAGACUUUGACCAGAUUUGGUGGCUCUCUAUAGUUGCUGCAAUCAUGUCUUUUACCUACUCCACCAUUGGCCUCUCUCUUGGAAUCGCUAAUGUUGCAGAAACUGGUAAAAUUAAGGGCAGUCUCAGAGGAAUAAGCACUGGAACUACUCUAACUCAAACCGAUAAAGUAUGGAGGAAUUCCCAAGCUCUUGGUGAUAUAGCCUUUGCUAACUCAUUCUCUAUUGUCCUCAUUGAAAUUCAGGACACAAUAAAGUCUCCACCAUCAGAAGCAAAGACAAUGAAGAAAGCAACAAGGAUAAGUAUCGCAGUGACCACAACGUUCUGCAUUUUGUGUGGCUGCACGGGCUACGCGGCUCUCGGAGACAAGUCACCUGGAAAUCUGCUUACCGACUUGGCCUUCUCCGACCCCUUUUGGCUUCUCGACGCCGCCAACGCCGGCAUAGCCGUCCACCUCGUCGGAGCUUACCAAGUGUUCUCUCAGCCCAUCUUCGCCUUCAUGGAGAAACAAGCCUUGCAGAGAUUUCCCAGAAGCCAAAUCUUGAAGAAAGAAUUCAAAGUCCCAUUACUACCUGGUUUCGCUCCUUACAAUCUGAGUCUGUUAAGGUUGGUUUCCAGGACGAGUUAUGUUGUAGUCACCACACUGGUCUCCAUGCUGCUUCCGUUCUUCAAUGACGUAGUGGGGAUCAUCGGGGCACUAGGGUUUUGGCCGUUGAAUGUGUAUUUUCCGGUGGAAAUGUAUAUAAAACAGAAGAAGAUAACAAAAUGGAGUGGCCGGUGGGUUUGCAUGCAGAUUCUGAGCAUGGCUUGUCUGGUUGUGUCCAUUGUGGCAGUUGUAGGAUCAUUCGCGGGUGCUUUUCUUGACCUCAAAAAGUCCAAGCCAUUCCAUUAUUAA